CAAUAUUUCCCGGAUGGCUAAUUGUACUAAUUAGGUGAUGGUAAGCAGUUCAAUUAAUAAUUGAAAAUGUACCAUCACAGCGCCACCAGGCCAGUUCUCAGGUGUUCCAGAUGACUUGAAAUAAAAGCAUCUGUCAAUGAAAGAAAUAAUGAAACCUCAUGUGUGGGUCAUUACCUGUAAGGUCUCAGUAAGCAGGCUGAUGGUUCUGUUGGGUUCAGGGAUGUCCCUGAAAGAUGUGAUUGGUUACCUGCGGGAACAGGGGAGAAAGUACUAUGCCACGGAAAAGGACCAGUGGCUGAGACUAGAGUGCCUUUACAGAAAGAGGCUGUGGCAUCAGCUCACUGUUGUGCUGCUGAAGUUUGUUCAGUCUCCAGCUCUUUCUGUGGGGGACAGGAUUUUGAAGCUGUAUGAAUGUUUCGUCAGUGACUUUGAGUACAAGAUUAAUCCAAUGUUUCUUGUGGAAAUUCUCAUCAUGGCUGCGCCACAAAUGCGGAACUGGCAGAGGGCCACAAGACUCUUUGAAAGAACCAUAGAAAAGGUGAAGCACAACGAUGAAGCAUUUAUCCUCUGCCUCACCGCUAUGGCUGGUGCCAGGAUGUCUGCCGUGGACCUGGUCGGUGCUAAAUCCAUACUUGAUGGAGCCGAGGCCCAUCUGGAGCGGAUGCCUGCGGUGACGCCAGUCCACGCCCGCUUCUACACCACCGUUUGCAAUUACUACCAGGCUUUGGGGCAGCCUGCCCUCUACUACAAGUAUGCCCUCCGCUUCAUGGCCUGUGUGGAUGUAGAAAAGCUCUCAGCUGACCUACGACAGCAGUGGGCUGUUCCUGUGGUCCUGGCUGCCCUUGUUGCAGAUGAUGUGUACAACUUUGGACAUCUGCUGAUGAACCCUAUCCUGAAAGACCUGCAAAAUGAAGAGAGACAGUGGCUAGUUGAUUCAGUCACCAUCUUUUACCAUGGGAACAUCAAGGAUUAUGAUGCUGUGAGGGACACCAGUAGAAGUGAGGCUGAUCUAACAAGACAUGAGAAGAAACUGAGGAAGAAACUGCAACUGCUAUGCCUUAUGGAAAUGAUCUACAUUAGACUGGAGCUCCACGAAUCACUAACUUUUGAGGAAAUUGCUGAUGAUGCAAACCUGCAACUGGAUGAGGUUGAGCCACUGGUGAUGAAAGCACUUUCCUACGGUCUGGUGAGAGGCACCAUUGAUGAGGUGGCCCGUGAGAUACACAUGACCUGGGUGCGACCAAAAAUUCUGGAUGUGGAACAGAUGUAUGAUUCCAAGGACCGCUUGGACAGUUGGUGCACAUACAUCAGGAUGAUGAUCUCUAAGGUGGAGCACAAAGCUCAGGAGCUUCUGGUAUAGCUUCAGAAUGAACAAGCAGCACCUUUUACAGAAAUGUGAAGACCUCAUCUUGUGUAAACUAUGCUUAGUGUUUCUUCACCCUUUGCAUGGGCCUUAUUACUUUAAAUCUGAAUUUAUAAAUGCUGGUAAAUGCAAUAAACUGACUAAACCU